AUGAGCUGUUUGGAUGUUAUGUACCAAGUCUACGGUCCUUCCCAGCCCUACUUCGCAGCAGCCUACAGCCCCUACCACCAGAAACUGGCCUUUUACUCCAAAAUGCAGGAAGCUCCGGAGAGCAGCAGCAGCGCCAGCGCCGGCAGCUCCUUCUCCAGCCACGCCGCGGCCAGCAUCAAGGAGGAGGAUUGCAGCCCCGAGAAGGAGCGACCCCCCGAGGCCGAGUAUAUCAGCUCCCGCUGUGUCCUCUUCACCUACUUCCAGGGGGACAUCAGCGCCGUGGUGGAUGAGCACUUCAGCCGGGCGCUCAGCCAGCCCAGCAGCUUCUCCCUCGGCAGCGCGAAGGCGGCGCGGAACGCGGGCUCCUGGCGGGAUGGCUCCUUCCCAAUGAGCCAGCGCAUCUUCCCGCCAUCCUUCUGGAACAGCACGUACCAGCCCUCCUCGGUCCCAGCCAGCCUGAGCAGCCCUCUGGCAGCUGCCGCCCACAGCGAGCUGCCCUUCGCUGCUGCCACCGACCCCUACGCGCCCACCUCUCUGCACGGCCACCUGCACCAGGGCGGCCCCGAGCCCUGGCACCACGCCCACCACCACCACCACCACCACCACCAUCACCACCCCUACAUUGGGACACAGAGCACUGCCUACCCCCGCCCCACCGCCAUGCACGAGGUCUAUGGGCCCCACUUCGACCCCCGCUACGGCUCGCUCCUGGUGCCCACCGCCUCCGUCCGCCCCCACCGCCUCACCCCUGCAUCCGUAUCCACACCAGUCAGCCCCCCCUGUGAACUGGGCAAGACCGAAGCGGGUGCUGCCGCGGCCUGGACGACACCGGGCCCCUUUCCCAAUGCAACGGGAGACAUGGCACAGAGCAUUGGCCUUAAUGUGGACACAGCUCGCCGUUACUCCUUCUGUGGAGGAUCCCUUCUGAGCUGA